CUUUUCGUAUUUUUCGAGGAGCACUCGCGGUGAUAAAAAAUUUGUAUGAUUGCUGCAGAUUAGUAAAAAAUUGAUUCGUAAUUUCGUAGUGUUGUUUCAUUAUCCGUAACUUGUAUUUAAAAUGAAUAUACUUCGUUCAAAAUUACCACCUGCAUCUGCAUUAAUUCGAGGAGCCUUAGGAAAUCUUCAAGCAGAUUAUAACAAUGUAAUCAUACGUACCGGGUGUUCCAGGAUUAUAACGAAAAGAAUGCCGCCUCACAAGAGAUGGCCAGGAUAUCGCUACCGUUUCAAAAAUGGCAUAGAAUAUUACGGUUUCACAUAUUACCCAAACUCUCCUAAUGAAAUUGAACCAGAAUGGCAACCCACUGAGUUAUUUAUGGUUAGAAGAGUAAAACCCUAUUACGGUAAUCCGUUUUGGGAAAAGAGGAUCUUGAAGUAUUUCCAUUUGGAUGGAAAGCAAACAGAUAUAUCGAUUGUUAUGAACGACCAAGAAACAAAUAAGAAAUUAUGGCAGGUUAAACAUCUCGUAGAAAUUACUCCUAUCACUUUUCCCGAUGGAUAUCCAGAAGAUGGAGAUAUUUCAAAAUGUCGUUUAUACGAAAAUGGAGAGAUGAGAAUUGAUAAAUCUAACGAGCCCGCGAAAGAAUGUAUCGAAGCGACUGAACAUUUGCAUAAGCAACCAGAACUACCUACUAAACGCAUAUUAGAAGUGCACGCAAGAAAGAGAUGGGAAUACCCUUUUAGUAAUAAUACUCACAUAUAAUUCAUUCGGACUUUGUGGGUAUCGAAAUCGUUAUAAUAAAUGUUCUUUUUUGUUUAAA